AUGGCUCCUGUUCCUACACACCUUGACUCGUUCUUGCUAUUCGACGAAUAUGAAAAUUUGCGGCUCAAGAUCCGAUCCGUCAUGAUCCUCGAUCUUCCUAGUGAUUUUCCGGCCAUACCUACCUCAACAACCCUGAAGGACCUGGUCUGCCAGGGUAGCCUUUGGGUUGCACGAACGGGUGCCUGCAGGCUUGAGUUGCACACCAACGUUCAUGUGGAAAGCGACGGGAAAUAUGUUUUUGCAGCAGUGCUGGAAAGAUCGGCCUGGGUAUUCGGGCAUCUCGCCCUUUGGAGCCAACUUGGCUUGCGCCUUGCCCGCGAAGACGACGUUAGCCUCCCAUCAAAUGUUGCCGUAUUUCGUCUUUACCACCCUAGUCUUCAUUCAAGCCUUCUGCCCCCGGAAGGCGCUCAAGUUGCCGGUUUCGAACGACUAACUUGUUCCCUUGACUUCGUGCACAAUUCUGACGAAGAGUUCCAUAGAAUCUCGCGGGCCUCUGGGUCGGCCUCACGAAAGAGGAAAGGGGAGCUCGUAAGAGAGGUUCCGACUUUAGUGUGCCAGUCCACAGAACAAGAUGAUGAACUCGGCGUUCACAGACCCCCUUCAGGGCUUGUCAGUUCUAUCCACCUCACCACUGUUCAAGUACUGGACCGGCUUCUGGGCAAGUCAUCCCUAGAAAGACUUGUAGAAGUCGGCAUCAUGGCGCUCGUCACAGGACAAUUCCCUGCAGUCUUUCACAUGGAUUACCUGGCUGCCGUCGCACACAGGUCUAAGCUGUUACCCUCCAUUGCGUCGGCCAUAACUGGACUUGAGUGGGCACAGUCAGUGAAUUCGAGCAAGAAUAUCGCCGACGAAACCAAUAGAAAAGCUUCAAAAGAUACUUCGGAAUUGCAAAAGCUACUGUGGAAGCUAAUCAUCAGCAAGUUGAAAGCACCACGUAUGGUACAGACGAAGAGCAACACCACAAAGCAGAUCUGCAAGAGAAGCAUAAAUGCCACGUUUGCCUCAACCGAAUCGUAUGCCUCUACGAAGCAUGGCGAGCUCAAUGAAGAUUCAGUAGCACACAAGGUCCCAGAGAGCACCUCAAAUCACGAGCAGUACAUCAUGGAGUUCUCCACAAGUCACGAUGGUCGAGCAUCUGGUGUUUUGGGAGCAGACUUGUGGAGUGAUUGGGAUGAGAGACUCAGUGACACCUCGCAAACAUGGCAAGAACCACCUCGAGAUGGAGUUGAUUGUUCGAGUGGCCAUGCGGAGCAUGCAAUUCCUGACUUACCUGAUACAUUUCUUCCUACUACUACAGAUUUUGAGCACAGAGACGUACUGUGGUCUGACUGGGAUAAGGAAUCGAGCAGCUUUGAGUGUGGCUACACUUUCCAAUCGAGUUCCCAGGUUCAUGGGACACCUCAGAGGUCACAGCCGAGCCCUGAUGGACGGUUUGGCGAAUUUUGCAGGGCCAGAAGCCCCAUCAGUGAAGACUCCUGGGAUGACGACGGUAAGUGGGAGGAUAAUCCGGCGUUGAGAUCUGCGCAAGGAUUCAUUCAGCAUUCUGGAGGACGCCUUGUCAUCUCUGACCAGCCCUGGCCGGAUGAACCCAAACACGACACUGGCGACCGGCCGGUGGCCUGCAGGAUGCCGCCCCUCCCCUCCACUACGGCUGGCUUGCACGGUCUUGGGGAGUGGACAGGACAACCUGCAUGUGAAGACGAAGAUGAAGACAUGUGGGACGCAUGGGACAUGGAUGAUCAUUCUGAAUUCGAGUGGUAA